AUGCACACUUUACAGGCAUCCGAGCUAAGCCGCAAGCGCGCGCCGCUUCCGAAUCUCGCCUCCCGUUUCCAGCGUGUUCCCUCAUGCUCUGCGUGCAAGGACCGUGAAGCUCGUGCUCCCGGUGCUCUAAUAUACUAUAUGUGUCGACGAAUGAAAGUGAAUGGGAUGCAAUUCAUAAGCUUUUCUAUCCGAGAUCAGUAG